AUGCCGUCGGCACCAGCAUCAACAUCAAGCUGUGCCAAAUGCGAGAAGCCGCUCGAGGUCGAGAUCGAGUCCUUGGACGACGACGAAGAAGAGGACGGCGAUGUUUCGAUGAGCGCUAGCAACACAGAAACAGUCCCAGACGACGUCCAUCUUUCCUGUGGCGACCACUUCCACUGGGAGUGUCUACUCGAUACCUACGAAUUGGACAAGUGCCCCAAAUGUUCCCGAGACAUUGUCUCCUACCCGGCAUCCGGGUCAUCGUCUACCGCUGCAGAACCAGAAAUCCUCGUGGACCUAAAAAACGAAGGCGGCAUGCAGCGACAAAUCGAUAUCUUCCCCAUCCUCAAGGAAGAAAGCUACUUGCGCGCCUAUCCAGAGGAGAGGAAAUGCCGAGCCUUUCUGGAAUUUUGCAGGGAGGGCGAUCAUCGCGCAAUUGCAGACCUGUUGAAUAGCUGCAACGAAGACCCAGACGAAGAUGACAGAGACAUGGAUGACGCAGGGCCCAGCAAAUCGGCAGACGAAGUUCUGCGCUACCAGGAUCCUAUUGGAGAUAUGCAGUCCGGAUUGCAUGCCGCAGCAGCCGGUGGUCAUCGAGAAGUCGCAUGGUUGUUGUUGCUGCUAGCCAGUGGGCUACCGGAAAUGGAAUUUCCUGCCCUCGCCUUCCAGGAAGCAGCUGCUUUAGGUGUGAUGCGUGAAGAUCAAGAUGGCAAGGUGGACAUACGGAGCCUCCGAGACGCGCAUGGCAGGACAGCAGAGGACGUGGCACGCGAGACAGGGAUCGUUUGGAACGGCUGGAUAGGCAAUGCAAGGCUUGCAAUGCCAUAG